UGUGUAACUAAUUGAGGGCUUUAUUGUUGCGGUGGGCAAAUGCGCAUUAAGGGUUACGGUUUGUGUGGUUACGUUCAUUAAGACAUUCCUGCGCGGAUUGGGGCGACAGAGAGACAGCGGCUUUACAUAAUAAACUGCAUGCUUUUCACGUGAAAUGCCCCUUUAAAAGCGGGCUCCACGGCCACACUGAGGCACAUCGUAAACGAGCGGACCCGAGAGGAGUGAAAAGUCCGACAGCUGCACUUUGUUGUGUCAAAUCGGUGUCAGUAUGGUGUCGUCGUACCCGUUACCGGAGGGCUUCUCCGAGUUCGACGUGUUUUCCCUGGGAUCGUGUCUGCUGGUGGAGGGUCUGCUGGGCUUCUUCCUAAACGCGGUGACAAUCGUUUCUUUCCUCAAAGUGAGAGAGCUCAGGACUCCCAGCAAUUUCCUCGUGUUCAGUUUAGCGAUGGCUGAUAUAGGCAUCUGCAUGAACGCCACGGUCGCCGCUUUCUCCAGCUUCCUGAGGUACUGGCCUUAUGGCUCUGACGGAUGCCAGACUCACGGUUUCCAGGGUUUCAUGACAGCUCUCGCCAGCAUCCACUUCAUUGCCGCCAUCGCCUGGGACAGAUAUCAUCAGUACUGCACCAGGACAAAGCUGCAGUGGAGCAGCGCCAUCACUCUGGCUGUGUUUGUCUGGCUUUUCACUGCCUUCUGGUCCGCCAUGCCCCUCAUCGGCUGGGGAGAGUACGACUACGAGCCCCUCAGGACUUGCUGCACUCUGGACUACAGCAAGGGAGACAGAAACUAUGUGUCCUACUUGAUCCCAAUGUCCAUCUUCAACAUGGCCAUCCAGGUGUUUGUUGUCAUGUCCUCUUACCAGGCCAUUGCACAGAAAUUCAAGAAGACCGGAAACCCCAGGUUCAACCCCAACACUCCUCUUAAGACUAUGCUGCUCUGCUGGGGCCCCUAUGGCAUCCUGGCUUUCUACGCCGCUGUGGAAAAUGCUAACCUGGUCUCACCUAAGCUCAGGAUGAUGGCUCCAAUCCUGGCCAAGACUUCUCCCACCUUCAACGUCUUCUUGUACGCUUUGGGAAAUGAGAACUACAGAGGAGGCAUUUGGCAGUUCCUCACCGGGGAAAAGAUUGAUGUGCCUCAAAUUGAGAAUAAGUCCAAAUAAACUAAGCAUGCAAUAAUUACACACCA